AUGUACGCGCGACGACGCGUGGACGCGAUCGAGCGACGACCCGGAGAGGAGCCGUGCGAGACGUACGAGGGACGAUCGACGACGCCGUUCGACGAUAACGCGCGCGCGCGCCGGGCGUGGGCCGCGCUCCAGGGCGACGCGCGUGGGAACGGGGACGGGGACGGGGACGGGGACGCGACGAGGACGACGACGACGACGACGACGACGACGGGACGCACCGACGGCGCGCGAGAACUCCUGCGACGAUUGGCGACGAUGCCGAGCGAGGAGGAGAUCGCGAGGUGGCGCGAGAUCAGGGAUGACCCGUGGACGCGACGCGCGCUCGAGGCGACGGCGACGACGGCGACGAAGGAACGAGGGAAGAGACGAAAGGGUGGGACCGAGGCGAAGGAUGGAAAACCAAACGACGACGACGCGCGGAUGAAGAAGUUAAUGGAGGUGGCGAAGGAUGCGGUGGAGAAGGCGAACGAGGCGACGCGACUUCGCGCGGAGGAAUCGGCGAGAUUUCUCGAGACGCGAAACUUUGCGGGUAAGAUGGUCGAGGUCGAGACCGAGUACGUCGAGGGCACGAAGGAGGCCAAGGCACACGCGAAGCGCGCCGAGGCGUUGGCCAAGGGUGGGAUCGACGCCGUUUUAGCGCAGCUCAUGGAGCCCAAAAAGCUCAACGUUUUGGACAAGACGCGCGCCGAUUGGCGAAGCGUCAAGGACGACGACGCCGAGCUCCAGGAGGACCUCCAGCACCACGCCCGAGGCGGGCGCACGUACCGCGAACAGCAGGAGUUCUUACAAAACGCCGAUUACCGCGAGUACGAGCUCGAACGCGACGCCCGUCUCGCGUCGCGCGGUCGAACCGGCGCCCGCGCCGGGGCGCCGUAG